CUUGAGCGAUUGACCGAUGGGCCUUUUUGCCUUGUAUAAAUCCAACCCGUCUUCCUCGUCUUCGUUAGCGUCGCCGUUUCGGUCUCCGGAAAGGAAAGCAAAAGAGAAGGAGGGGGCGAGAGAAGAAACUGAUUUUUGGCGAGGCCAAGCCGGGGGUGGGAUUACCGGGAGCACGCUGACUGGGAUCACGGCGGAUGGCGGCGGCGGAUAGGCAGUUGGUAGUUGCCGUCGAGGGGACCGCGGCGCUGGGGCCCUACUGGUCCACCAUUGUGGCGGAGUACGUCGAGAAGAUCGUGAGGAGCUUUUGUGCAAGUGAACUGCCAGGCCAGAAGCUUGUGGGUACUCCGCCUGAACUUGCAUUAGUUGUUUUUCAUACCCAUGGACCUUACAGUGCUUUUGAUGUGCAGCGAAGUGGAUGGACAAAAGAUGUCGAUGCUUUCCUAUCAUGGUUAUCUGGAAUAUUGUUCAGUGGUGGAGGAUUCAGUGAAGCUUCUACUUGUGAAGGUCUUGCUGAAGCAUUGAAGAUACUUCAAGGCAAUCCUAAUACAACCCAAGGUCAUCAAAACCAUGAAGCACAAAAGCAUUGCAUACUUGUCGCUGCAAGUAAUCCUUAUCCUCUGCCAACACCUGUAUACUGUCUUCCUACUCAAAGUACUGAUCACAAAGAGAACAUUGAGACAUCAAAAGAACCUUCAAUUGCUGAUGCUGAGACCGUUGCAAAGUCAUUUGCUCAGUGCUCUGUCUCAUUGUCAGUGAUAUCUCCAAAACAGCUUCCAACAUUAAAGGCAAUAUACAAUGCGGGCAAGCGAAAUCUUCGGGCUGCUGAUCCAUCAGUCGACCAUGCGAAAAAUCCACACUUCCUUGUUUUGCUCUCUGAGAAUUUCAUGGAGGCACGGACUGCUCUUAGUCGCCCUUUACAUGGAAACUUGGCUCCAAAUCAAACCAUAACGAAGAUGGACACGGCACCUGCAGUGACUAUGCCAGGACCAACAUCAAAUGGCAACUCCUCAGUGAAUGCAAUGGCAGGCCGUCAACCAAUUGUUGGAGGUAUUUCUACCACAUCUGUUAAAGUGGAGCCAACAACCAUGCCACCGAUAGUUUCUGCACCUGCUUUCUCGCAUGUAACGCCUAUUUCAAAUGUGGCUUCACAAGGAAUAUCAGCACUGCAAACCUCAUCACCUUCUCUUAUUUCACAAGAAGCAAAUAUGGGAAAUGAUAAUGUACAAGAACACAAGCCUAUAAUAAACCCAGUUCAACAACCGAUUCGGCCUGGUGGUCAUGGCAGCCUCCUCAACAAUCUGUCACAGGUUCGGUUGAUGAACUCAACUUCUUUAGGAGGAGGAGCUACCUCGAUGGGACUGCCUAACAUGGGAGCAACACCAAUACAAGUCCACAUGUCAAACAUGAUAUCAAGCGGCAUGACAUCAACACCCUCUGUCAUCUCCUCUAUGUCUGGACCUGGACAACCUAUUAGUACUCAACAGAUGGUACAGAGCACAGCUCUUGGUUCGUUUGGCUCAAACACUCCUACUGUUACAGGCAAUUCAACUAUUGCUGUAUCAUCCUCUUUGACUAACAACCAAAGCAGCAUGGGCAUGGGUCAAUCUGUGCAAUCUGUGGCACAGGGAGGCUUGGUGUCUGGUUCACAAUUAGGACAAGGUGGAAUUGUUGCAAACCAAAAUGUGAUGAGCACCCUUGGACCUACAGCUAUCUCUUCAACGCCUGCGAUGAUGCCGACACCUGGGAUGGUCCCACAGACAGGAGUCAAUUCCUUAGGUGUGAAUAACAAUUCUGCUAUGAAUAUGCCUAUUACGCAGCAGCAUGCCAAUGCCCAACAGCCGCCACCAAAGUACGUCAAAAUUUGGGAGGGAACUUUAUCUGGCCAAAGGCAAGGACAGCCUGUAAUAAUUUGUAAACUCGAAGGUUAUAGGAGUGGAACAGCGUCUGAAACACUUGCAGCGGACUGGCCAGAAACAAUGCAGAUUGUUCGCCUCAUAGCCCAGGAGCAUAUGAACAACAAACAAUAUGUUGGCAAGGCAGACUUUCUAGUUUUUCGGACUUUAAAUCACCAUGGGUUUCUUGUACAACUACAAGAGAAGAAGCUGUGUGCUGUGAUACAGUUACCAUCGCAAACUCUGUUGCUGUCGAUGGCUGACAAAGCAGGUCGUUUGAUUGGCAUGCUCUUCCCUGGGGACAUGGUGGUGUUCAAACCGCAGGCCUCAACUCAGCAGACACCAAUGCAGCAACAGCAGCUACAGCAAUUUCAACAGCAGCAGCAGCAGCUGCAACAACACAUGCAUAUGCAGCCGCAAGGCCUCCCACUUCAGCAAUCACAGAUGCAACUCCAGCAACAGCAGCCGCAGAUGCAACCGAUGCAGCAGCAGCAACCUUCGCAGAUGCAGCAGCAGAUGCAAUCGAUGCAGCAGCAGAUGCAGCCAAUGCAGCAGCAAAUGCAGCAUCAACAGCAACAGAUGCAGCAUCAACAGCAACAGAUGCAGCAAAUGCAGCAGCAGCAGCAGCAACAACAACAACAACAACAACAGAUACAGCCUCAGCAGCAACAGAUGCAGCAAAUGCAGCAGCAGCAGCAGCAACAGAUGCAGCCUCAACAGCAACAGAUGCAGCAAAUGCAGCAGCAGCAGCAACAGAUGCAGCCUCAACAGCAACAGAUGCAGCAAAUGCAGCAGCAGCAGCAACAGAUGCAGCCUCAACAGCAGCAGCAACCCCAGAUGGUGGGUACAGGAAUGGGGCAGCAGUUCAUGCAGGGGCACAAUCGGGCAGUGCAGAUGAUGCAAGGGAAGAUUACGCCACAGGGGCCGGGCAGCAUGCCUGGGGGAGGCUUCCUACCUUAAGCACCUUUUAUCAGCAGGCAUCAGAUGAAUUGAGGGUUUACACUGACCCAAGUGUUGAGAUGUCAACUUCAUUUGACAGGGUUAGGGAAUAGUCACUCGGGGAGUGUUGCUAAAACUUAAUCUGAAAACUUAAGCAUCCCUGUCACCGAUAGGUAAAUGCCAGAUGUCCAUGCAUAGGUGCAUACUUUAUGAUAUGGUGGUGUACUCGUAAUCUUGAGUGACUUUAUGGCAUUGUUGUACUAGCCGUAAACUAUUAGGUAUAACAGAAUUAUUAUUUAAACUACAGUAAAAUAAGUGACCUGUGUUGUUUAGGGUUUAAA